CCGCCAGUGCCAUUCGUCGCCGCAGUGCGAUACGGUCGAUAGAAGAAAACGUGGCCGACAGUCUCCGGUGGUUGCAGCUGCCGCAGACACCGUCGCGUCGCCUCGUUCCCUCGAGCCACGUCGACAUUCACAAUCCCGUACCAACAAUUUUCCUGGAAUCGCCCUUCGACGCGUUCUUCUCUCGUUUCACCCCUCACCGAGAUCAACGUUGAGGGUGGCCACGCUCGAAUACGCUUCAAUCCGCUUCAGGAUGCCGUGCGUACGGCAUCAUGACGCAGAAACGUUUGGCUAGGAUUCCCGUGAACAUGACGAGCUGUCCACGGCCACGCGAUCCCGGGCACGAUGGAGGUGUAAGACGAGUAGGACCGGCGCGGAAGUGCAACGACGAUUCCGUGGCCGAAAACGUGCGUGCCCGUGUCAUCAAUGGACUAUAACCGUUCGUGCGAACGUAAACGAUCGUGGAACACGGCCGCGUGGCCAGGCCGUGACAUUGGACUUUCGUAGAAUCUGUUUACACGCGUGACUGCCUGUGACAGCGCCCAGUCAGAGGCCGAUCGCGAACGCCGUCGCAAAAAUCGUGCCACCAGGGAUCUCCGACCUUCGCGCCAACGCUCAUCAAUCACUAUCGACAUCUGGAGUUAACGAGUUACGUAGUUAGGGAAGCGGUUCCCAGUCAGUCAGUUUGUAACAAUCGCGUGAAUCAGAUACUACGACGUUCGGCGGUCGUGUCGCACGUGGAUCGUGCGAAGCUCGAAGGAAAAGUGUAUGAUAUCGGCAGAUAUCGUUAGUGAUUCGUAACCUUGCUUUGUAUAGUUUGAGAUUGAGGUACCAUUUUAUUAGCGAAUCGCUAUUAAAAUAAGUAUAAUCGCUGUGGUUCCCUCAAAUGAUUAUUCGUUUUACGAAUUUAAAGUCCAGACAUUCGCAAAGAGUCUAUGUGAAGUUCGAAGUGAAAUUCUGCCAGUGCAAAAAUUCCAAGAGAUACUCGCGCACGUAACAGUGGAGCAAUCAAUUGUCAGCAACGUGAGGCUCCAUCAACGUUGCUGCUUUCCAUCUCUACCCUCCCAUCGGAUCAUUUCCACCCCGUUGAACGAUCGACGUCGCGAUUCUCGAAGGACCGACAGACUUGCAGUAGGUGGGUUGGCGCCACAGGGUUUGCCAAUCGAUUUCAGUCUCCUCUCGAGGAUGUUCCGCUUCGCGACGUAGCGUUUCGAGUUUUUACGUCGUAGUCACGUGCCAAGAAGCGUAGUGUGCCACGGUGGGGGACCAGUCCGUGGGGCUGGUCGUCGAUCGUCACAUCGAAGGGGGACACAGUGAAGGGGAUUUUUCUCGGUACCUACCUCGACAUCGUUGUGGAAAAUCGAUCCGCCGUGGCAGCCACCCCCGUUGCAACCACCCGGCGCGGUGCAAUGACCUCCAAACCGGGAAGGUCCUACAGCAUGAGGUCCCCGCGAGUCGGAGGACCCCUCUCUCAGUCGUUAGCGAUGAUUCCGCCAACGAUGCACGGCCAUGAAUUCAAUCAACCUCUGUCGAGGGUGGUUAUGGUCCGUAAAACGGAUCAAAGGACCUUCAGUAAGGGUAGACGGGGCGGAGAACCUCUCCUGGAAACGGUUACCAGGGAAACCGUUGAGCUUUUCAACGGUGGUCGUGCUGAAAGGAAAUACACGUCCGAGACUAGAGACAUCGUUACGCCAAAGUCGAACAGUAUGCCCUCGCUCAGCGUUAACGGAACGAAAAAGAAGGUGGUCGGCUUUGUCGACCAGUUGUCGCCCGAAAGGUCGAGGACGGAUUCGGUGAGAUCGAAAUCUCCUUUGACAGCGUCGCCAGCGUCUCCAGGGCCACUGUCGAAUUCCUUGCACGGCAGUUUCCACGGUAGUUUAGGAAGCGACGGCAUGUCUUGCAGCAGUGCCAGGUCAUCGUCGGCCUCCCCCGACUCUGCAAGAUAUUCGUCGACACCGAUAUCAAAGACUGACACACGUAAACCAUCUGUGCGCAGAUUGGGGCCUCCUAAGGAAUUUAUCAACGUUUGCAUCGAGACGCACAAUUUGUAUCGCGCUAGGCACGGAGUACCACCUCUUCGUCUCAACAAACAGUUAUGUAAAACAAGUCAGGACUGGGCCAAUAUACUGGCGGCUAGGGGUAGGUUAGAGCACAGGGCAAACAUAGAUUACGGUGAAAAUUUGUAUUGUAUGUGGAGUUCCAACCCGAAGACUAUCGUAGGUGGCGAGGAGCCGGUAAACGAAUGGUAUGCGGAAGAGGCGCAACAUCAGUACGGAAAGGAGCCCACCACCCUAAAAACUGGCCACUUCACCCAAGUCGUGUGGAAGGACAGCACCGAGUUGGGCGUUGGAAUGGCCAGGAAUCGAAACGGCGAGGUUUACGUCGUUUGUAAUUACAAUCCAGCGGGAAAUUUCUUGGGCAGCUUCACAGAGAACGUUCUACCUCCAGGAAGUCCGAGUCCUACUAAAAAAAUCACCUUUUUAGAUCCUAAAUCACAUUACACGUUAGACGAACAAGCGUGGCAACAAGAGGCUCUAGUCGUUCACAACGAAUACAGAAGGAGACAUCGUGUUCCAGACAUGAGGUUAAGCGUAGAAUUAAUCGCUGCUGCUAAGGCGUGGGCGAACACGUUGCUGAACACGAACAAGCUGAUUCCCCAGUCGACUUCUCCGUACGGGGAGAAUAUCUACUCGAUGCAGUGUUCCGAUCCAAAGUUGAUUGUACCAGCACGAGAAGUUGUUUCCAAAUGGUAUUCCGAGAGGAAGGAUCACAAGUAUGGAACGGAACCAAAGGUCUUAAACACAUGCCAUUUCACACAGAUUGUUUGGAAAAAGACUGUCGAAAUGGGUAUAGCGAUGGCUAAAAGGGACGGUACCUGUGUGAUAGUGGCGUGUUACCAUCCGAGAGGUAAUAUUGUUGGUCAGUUCACGGAAAACGUGUUGAAGCCUGUAAAGAGCCACUAGUUAGUUCGUUAGAUGGAUCUGUCCACACUUGUCGAUACUGUAUUUAAGCGAUGUAUUUAUAAAAUCAUGAAUAGCGACAAUACACAUAAUAUAUGUAUAUAUAACAACACAGAUGUGCAUACACGUAGAAUAAAAGAAAACAUUCCACGUACUACACAAA